CAUCCCCUCAUCUCAUCAACUAUCUCCUUUACCCAUCUUCAUCACCCAUCCAACCCAAAAACCCCCUACGAAGUGAACCGUAAAGAAAGAAAAAUGUCCUUCUCCAACCUCAUCUCCUCCGCCCUCGAACAAGCCACCUCCGGCUCCCACUCUUCCUCCGGAGGAGGUGGUGGCUACGGCAACUCUGGAUCCUACGACCCCGAAUUCUCCUCCGCCCAACACCACGCACAAUCCCACGAGUCUUCAUCCGAUAGUUCCCUCUUCUCCUCCGCCCUGGGCUUCCUCUCCGACCGCAAGAGCCAGUACUCAGAGCAACCCGACAUUGACGAGGAGCAUCUCGUGCAGUCGCACCAGCGGCUGUAUAACGGUGGCGGAGGGUAUGGUGGAGAGCAGCAACAGCAUGAUAGCAGCAGCUUGGGUGCCGGCGCUGCGAUGCAGGCGCUGAAGAUGUUUACUUCCGGUGGGGGUGGUAGCAGCGGUGGUAGUGGGGACAAGAAUGAGUUUAUUGGGAUGGCGAUGGCGCAGGCGAGUAAGCUUUGGGAGGAGAAGGCGGGAUCGGGUAAUGUUUCUGGUGAUAAGCAGUCGGCUGUUAACUCGGCUGCGGAGAUGGCGUUCAAGAUGUAUAUGAAGAGUCAGGGCAGUGGGUCGAGUGGUACCGGUGGUCCCGGGGCUUUGAUGAGUUUGGCGAGUAAGUUCUUGUAAGUAAAUAUUUUAGGUUGUUGGGUAUAUGAGGACGGGUUGGUAGUUUAUGAGUGUUGCAUUUGAUGGCAGGGUAUAUCUACUGGUUCAGCUGCAGCAGUGCUAUACAUGUCUAUUUUAUCUACCGGGU